ACGGUUAUUAGCCCUUAGCCGUUGCCUAGACCGUUGCCUAACCGUUGCUCUGCCGUCGGCAUCGGGUUGCCGUGGCGAUAGAGCUUGUGGUUUUACUCGUAGUGUGUGCUUUUGUUGUGUUAAUGAUAUCGAGUAUCACUUCAGGCAGAGUUGUAACUAGCGUCCGUUGUGUGUUUAGAAGGAACGUAUUUGUCGGUUGCGCUGAAGAAUUAGAGAUGACCAUUUGUUCAUCGUGGAAGCCUGAAUGAAACAGUGCCAAUGGUUAGCGCACAUCCCUCUUUAAUUUUCUUUGUUGUGAGGCAAUGUCAACAAAAAUUGAGGAUGAAGACUUGGAUGCUGGUGAGCAGUCGGGAGACGAAGAAGAUGAAGAAGGCGGGCUGUCCAAACGUCGUGGUGCAGGCCGAAGUGUCACAUUGAGCAUGCUGAUGUCUGAAGGCAUCCUUCAGCAUGGCGAAAACGUUCUGUCCAUUGACUAUCUUGGUUCAAGAUUCACCGGUGAUUUGCUGAAGGACGGAAAAAUCAAGUGGCGUGAAACUCAAGAAGUCUACUCUUCACCUAGCUCGUGGGCAGUUCACUGCAAAAAGUUGUUAAACCCUGACAAGAAGUCUGGUUGUGGCUGGUCCACGAUCCGGUACAAGGGAAAAAAACUGGAUUGGUACAAGGCUACCUGGUUCAGAAAACAGAGGAUAAAGAAGGAUGACAGGGAAAAUAAUGUUGGGGCCAAGACUCCUACCGGAGAGAAGACAAAGUCUGGGAUUGUUAUCAAGAAGCCUUUGGCCUACCAGAAUGCACCAGGGCAGCCAGCACCAAAGGAGACUCUUAUUCUAAGUCAUGGAGCCCUUGGGACUCGCAAUGUUGAUUGUGAUUUGAACACCCUGGUCAUCUCCACGCCAUUUAGUGUUCUGGACCGGAUUCAACCAUUCACAUUGACAAUAUCUACAAAUUGCUUGCUGCUUAUUGACUUUCACUGCCACUUGACUGAGAGUGAAGUGGUUGGUUACCUUGGCGGAACAUGGGACAUUGCUGCACAUAACCUCUCCAUAUUGCAAGCGUUCCCAUGUAGAGGGAGACUCGGGGACAAGGAGGCUGCUCCAGCCAUAGAGGAAGAGAUUCGCGAGUCACUUGAGCAACGCCAUCUCACCGUUGUGGGUUGGUACCACAGUCACCCAAAAUCUCCACCACAGCCAAGCUUACGAGACUGCAACUCCCAGCUGGACUACCAGAUCACUAUGAAGGGUGAAAGUGAUUCUUCAUAUACACCAUGCGUUGGCCUCAUAUGCUCUCCUUAUGUUAAAGAUGAAUCCUGCGUAGAUGCCAAGUACCUGGCCUACUGGGUCAUGCCUCCACCAGAGCACAGACCCAAUGAGUAUGGAAGGCCAAUGCAGAUGAUGUACAAUGUUGCCCAGGAUUCAUUCCUGACUCAGGAUCUUCUAAUGGAAAUGCGUCUGCUGUCUGAGUACUACCGUGGAUCACCAGAUGCACUCAACUUUUGCAAGGAUUUCGAGCCUCACAACAUCAGCUACUGGGAGAAACUGAAACGCUCGCUGACAUCCAAGCUUCCGCGUGAUCUGCAGGUCACAAGUGGUGACACGCAAGGGCAAGCUGUUGAUCACUUUUGGGAAUUUGUGAAGGGUCUCAUCAUGCCAGUGUAGUGACACUAUGUGCUCACAACCUUUGGACCGUGCAAAUGGCACUUGUUACAGUGCGCUGCCACCUUGUCAAAGUUCUAGCCCUUAUCGGAGAUCUAUAAUGAUUUAAGCCUGUGUUGCACAUUUGGCUGCUUGCAAUGGAGCCCUGCAAUGCCCUGGGGCAAGUUGGUCGUUUUUAUGUUUAUUGGUAAGAGGAUGCUGGUACAACCUAACUGUGACUACUCUAGCAGCAGUGCAUCACUUCUGGCAUCACUGAUUUCGAUGUGUGAUACUGGUGCCACACAGUUUGGUGUGAUUUUAGUCCUGGCGCGCAGCUCACCGAUGCUCCCGGUCACCAAGUGGCAAGCAGCCUUCUGCUGGUUAGGGCAUAGUUUCAUACAAUUACUAGUGGGAACUUUGGCACUAGUGUCUAUGGGAGCUGCAACCAAGGUGGUUCAGCCAGCAUAGCCAUGCUGGUUAGUGCAUGGUUAGUGCAGUCGUUGCCUUCUGCAUUAAGAAAAAGAAAGUAUAUAUUGCUUUAAAAAUUGAAGCCAAUGAAGGCAGAUAAAGCACAAUAAAAUGAAGCUACAAGAACGUCUGAAGCUACAAGCACAAAGAUUAGGCUUGUACGUGCCCAUGAUGGUCCAUGUACUUACCAUCAUUCCCAUGGUGGCUUAACAAUCACUGUGCCUAAGUUCCUUCUAGCAACUAUUGUAGGAAACUAUAUGGGUUAGUGUAAAUAUAUUCUCUGAAAGCCAUUAUAGUUCUGAUUGCAUCCGUCAGAUAGUGUGACUUUGCUUCGCUGUAGAUAAUUUGAAGAGAGGUGAAAUCAUUUGCAUAUAUAUAUAUAACAUAUAUUUCGAACAGAUAAUGCGGCCCUCUUACAGGCCUUCAAUUUUUACAUUUUUCUUUGUGCAUGGCAUGUGAAGUAAUAUUUUUUGUAUAUUUUUUUACACAUGCAGAACAUGCCAGUUCCACUGUAUAUGGAAUGCAAGGCAUACAUAUACUGUUUUUAGCCCAUUAUUUCAGUGUUGUUUCAUUACCUGCUCCAAUGCUUCAUUUUAAUUGCAUGUAAGCUGUUUCUUCUUAUAAUUCUAGAAAUUUUUUAUGUACUUGACAGAUUUUUACAAGUAUACUCUUAAUUAUUAUGUUUUCAUGUAUAUAGCCCAUCUGUACCAAAAUUGUAUAUUAUCCUGCUUUACAGUAUGAUGUGUCACAACUUGACACCAGUGUAUUAGGCCUUGAAAGUGCUUACUUGCUCCCUCUACUUGAGCAUAUUUUACGAGAUAUAUUUGAAAGUUUGUGUGCUGUUCUUUGCCAAUAGUGUGGAAAGAGCUUUCAUGAGUCAUCAAACCAUUUGGUGUGUGUGCAUCAGAGCAUGUGAUUGAGCGCAGUCUUCUAUAGUAAAGUGCACUGUGUUUGCAAGGAUAGGUAAUGACUGAAAGGUGCGAGCUUUUUAUGACGAUGGAAAAAGACAAUAUUAUAGUUAUAUAAAAAUCUGAGCAUACAACCAUAACUGUGGUAAGAUGUUUCACAUAGCGUGGACAUCUAACUCGCAGGGCCACUACAGCAAUGCAGGUCUGCAUGCUCAUGCUGUGCAGCCCGCACAUUGUGGUAUAUUAUCCGGUCCACUCUAAAUGUCUUAAAGGCCAUGGUGCGCUGCCCUGAGGGGGUGUGUCACUUGUGCUUGAGGGCAGAUCUGCGUAGUGAUGACAGACCAACCCAUUGGGCUCCUUUGUGUUGUAGCCAUAUUUGCAGCUUGUUGCAUUGUUGCUGCUUUGCUGACAUGCUUGCCCUCUGAGCACGUGCAUCUGUAUACACCAUAGAAUUCUAAGAAGUUGGCUCAUCUACAGAGCUGUCACCCAGUGUGUGAGCCUGCCACAUUUUGAAAUGUUAAAUUACAAGGAAGAAAAUCUUGUGUUAUAUUCGGAGAAUGGCUCCAUGAAUUUAGCUCGAGGUGUUUUCUCAGCCUGAUAAUUUCAUAAAAUUUCAUUCUAUUCAUGCAAAUAUAGCAAUGCACUAGACUUGCUUGAAGCUGAAGGAGUGCAGCACUCGUGGGUCAGCAAUAUUGUUCUCUUGGCCUUUAUUGUGGCCUUUUUGUAAUGUUUUUAGCAUUUUGCAGCCAUUUUGAAGUGAUUACAUACAAUGUUUUGUAGCAGUCAUGCAUGAGCACAUCUGAAACUACUGUAAUUCUGCAUUGUAUGCACAUACAGAUGGAAAAUUUGCGUUUAUUUAAUAAACAUGAGUUUCUACCUUCCA